GAAUAAGGAAUACAAAGAUUGAGUCGCAAUAGAUUUUAGGUCUGCAUUCGGCCCAAAGGGCUACGGAUAUAUAUAUAUAUAUAUAUAUAUUAACCAUCAAAGCGACGUCGUACGGACUCUUGUUGGUGAUUUCGUUGCUGCUUGGUGAUUUCGUUGCUGGUAAUUCGGGCUUGGUUCAAACCUGGCACUGUAGAUGAGAUGGGAAGAUGAAAAAUGGCAUGCUACCCAAAAUCAGAACCCCCAUUUUCUCUUCCAACUACUGCUCCAAGCCAUGUUUUCCCCACAAUUAUUUCAUCCCGCCAGCAGAGACCGACUACCUCUUCCACCCGCCAACUGCCUCGUCUCUCUCCUCUUCUCUGCAACACUACAUCAACUCAGACCACCCGUCCCAUGGCCGGAAGAUCCACUCCCACAUUCUCAAAAUUGGGUUCAAGCCCAACACCAACAUCACCAUCAAACUAGUCAUACUUCACCUUAAAGCUAGUUGUUUGGCGGGUGCACGAAAGGUGUUUGAUGAAAUGAAGCAACCAACGCUAUCUGCUUACAAUUACAUGAUUUCUGGAUAUAUAAAAAGCGGGCAGGUCUUUGAGUCGCUGGAUUUGGUUAGGAGAUUGAUUUUUUCAAAUGAAAGGCCUGAUGGUUUCACGUUUUCGAUGAUUUUGAAAGCUUCUACUUGUGACAGUGUUUUGUCAGUGGGGAGGGGUUUGGGGAAGCAGGUUCAUGCCCAAGUGGUGAAAUCUGAUGUGGAAGCUGAUGAGGUUCUUUGUACGGUGCUUGUUGAUUCGUAUGUUAAGAGCGGGAGAGUAGAUUAUGCAAGGAGAGUUUUUGAUCUGAUGCUGGAAAAGAAUGUCAUUUGUUCAACCUCGAUGAUUUCGGGGUACAUGAAUGAAGGUUUUAUGGAAGAUGCGGAGUAUAUAUUCAAGAGAACGCGAGAAAAGGAUGUUGUAGUUUAUAAUGCGAUGAUUGAAGGUUAUAGCAAAUCAUUAGACACGGCUAAGAAGGCGCUUGAGCUUUAUAUUGAGAUGCUUCGGCUGGAUUUUAGGCCUACGGUAUCCACUUUUGCAAGCAUUAUUGGGGCCUGCUCUAUACUGUCAACUCUGGAAGUUGCCCAACAAGUCCAGGCUCAACUUAUGAAGACUGAAUUCUUCACCAACAUAAAAAUAGGAAGUGCUCUUAUAGACAUGUACUCAAAAUGUGGAAGAAUUGAGGAUGCAAGACGAGUUUUUGACCUCAUGCCUGAAAGGAAUGUAUUUUCAUGGACUUCUAUUAUUGAUGGAUAUGGCAAGAACGGAAAUCCAGAUGAAGCACUUGAGCUCUUUGGAAGAAUGCAAAAAGAGCGACAUGCUGAACCCAAUUAUGUUACAUUCCUUAGCGCUCUGUCUGCUUGUGGGCAUGCUGGUUUAGUCGCCAAAGGCCAAGAGAUCUUUGAUAGCAUGGAGAAAGAUUACUUGAUGAAACCAAGGAUGGAACAUUACGCUUGCAUGGUUGAUCUCUUAGGGCGCGCUGGAAGUUUGAAUCAGGCAUGGGAGCUUGUCAUGGAAAUGCCUGAGAAACCUAAUUCUGAUGUCUGGGCUGCUUUACUUAGUGCCUGUCGACUGCAUGGUGAUGUAGAAAUGGCAAACAUAGCUGCCAACGAGCUUUUCAAGUUGAGUAAUGAUGGCCGUCCGGGGGCAUAUAUUGCACUGUCCAAUACUUUUGCAGCUGCCGGGAAAUGGGAUCGUGUAACUGAACUAAGGGAAUUGAUGAAGGUCAGGGGCAUAGCCAAAGACACUGGCUUCAGUUGGGUUGGAACUGAUGAUGGUUUAAAAGCUUUCCAUGUUGGACAGAAGAUGUGAGCAGACAUCAUAGGCAACAAUGUGGUAAAGUAUCUCCCAAUGUUGUAGUGCAAUCUCGUUCUUGAGAUUAAUUGAUCGGCAUAACGUUUCUCCCGGAUUUACUUUGUUGGACGCAUAUCUUUCUCAAUCAUUGUCCAGAAGUUGUGAACAUAGUUAAUCUUUUCACUUUAUAGAUAUUUGAUGAUUAAAUAACAACAUGCCAACACUUAGUCUUACUACAUGAAUUCUAGCUCAUCAAUUAUUUUCUUC